AUGGCUCCAAAUCGGUGGGAGAAGACCAAAAGCAUCUCGAAAAAAGGCUUCGACAAAGCAUGGGAUACAGUCGACAAGCUCGGUGGCCCUGUCAACCGCCUAUCACACAAGCUGGGCGCCGAAGCCUUCUGGCCCAUGACGAUCGACAAGGAAGCCGAUAAAGCCGCGCGAAUCCUGCGCAGCUUCUGCAAAGACGGCUUCUAUGCUCCCGAUACCUCAACCGGCACGGACGAGAAUGGCAAAAUCAAUCGCCCCAAGGGUAAGCAGCAGCGCGUUCUCCAGAAGAUCCCAGCAAAAGUCAUCCAAAAGGCCAAGGGAAUCGCCAUCUUCACAACCAUGCGCACAGGUCUAUGGUUGAGUGGCUCUGGCGGUAGUGGCGUGCUGAUGGGUCGCGUCCCUGAGACCGGCGAAUGGAGCCCGCCAUCCGGUAUCAUGUUACACACGGCUGGCAUCGGCUUCCUCGCCGGCGUUGACAUCUAUGACUGCGUGGUAAUCAUCAAUACCCAUGAAGCGCUGGAAGCUUUCAAGAAAUUCCGCUGCACUCUCGGUGCCGAGGUUAGCGCAGCUGCGGGACCCGUAGGUAUAGGUGGUGUCCUCGAAUCCGAGCUUCACAAACGCCAGGCACCAAUUUGGACAUACAUGAAGAGCAAAGGACUGUACGCGGGUGUCGCGGUCGAUGGCACGAUUAUCAUUGAGCGAACCGACGAGAACGAGCGCUUCUACGGCGAACGGAUAUCCGUCGACCAGAUUCUUUCCGGCAAAGUCCGGCAUCCGCCCCGCGAGCUCGAAACUCUCAUGCAAACCUUGAAGGCCGCCCAGGGCGACUCUGAUGCUGACGAGAGUCUCAUCCCGCCACCGGGCGAAACACCUGGCGAUAUGGAGCUGACGGAAGAUGGACAACAAAUCUUCGGCGUGCCGGCCGUGGAUGACCCUGAUCCAUAUGGAGUGAAGGCGCUGGAGGCGGAGGGGCUUUUUAUCCGCGAGGCCGGCACGAAGGUGAGACCAAAUCAUGAUACCUUUGAAUUUCGACCCAAUCUGGACAGCCCCAUUUAUUCCACUUUCUCGCGGCGCAGCAUUGAUAGCUCGUCGCGCAAUAGCUGGCGCGCAAGUGUGCAGAGCUCCAGGAGCUAUGCUAGUGUCGACCGUGGCACGCAGACUGAUGACAUACAACUAACUGAGCCCACGCCAGUGAGCCGUGCGUCUUCUCCCAGCGCGAAAGGACCGCCUAUCAGCCAUCCGCCGAGAAGUACCUGGGAUGAAAAUGAUGACUCUCAAUGGGAUACGAUUGCUAUCCACGGCAAUGAAGAGCAUGUGAAAGUCCGGCAAUUAGAGGGCCAGGAGGCGGAGGAUAGAAGAGCGAAAGCAAACGCUUGCGAAGAUCUACACGAUGAUCCUGAGCUUGAGGAUGACGACGAGCACUUCGAAGUCCAUGAGGUUACCAAUGCCAAGGUCACACCGGCGGAGAUUGUCCCACCCUCGCCUACGAGGGUAGAGGAGCAGACCACAAACAGCGACACCAAGCCUGCGUCGCCGAGCUUCGCUCGGGCUCGUUUGGUCACAAUUCCGGCGCGCACCCCACCUGCCUUGCCUCCGCGGCACCCACGCCAUCACGUCGGGGGAUCUACCUCAAGCCGUGCGUCAACAUCGCCUACCGCCCUCUCUCGUUCAAGCCGUGAUACCUCACGCACAGACGUCACUGAAGGGGCAGAGAAUGUCGAACACGUGGAUGAAACCCCCCACGCACUUCCAUCCCCGCAGAAGGCCAAGAGUAACCCAGAUAUCAUUGCCCCGAGCGAUGAUGAGGAGUUUGUUGACACGAAAUCGGAGCUCCAGACCGAAAAGGAGGUGUUCCACUCUGCUGGCGAGUCGGAAAUUGAGGACAUCAUUACCCUCGAAGACCACACUCUCGCCAAGCCCAGUGGGCAGGAGAGCAAGACGGACAAAGAAGACAAAGAAGACACAGAAGAUAAAGAAGACAACAAACACCUUACACCCGGGACGUACGUUGCACCCGACGAAUCUCCUCGACUCUUUAGGUCUCCCGAGGUCCCCAGGCUUGCACCCAAUAUCGAUGAUACCCCGGAGCUUGAAGAGACCCUCGAGGAGAUCGAAGCCAAGCUUCAAGCUCGGCUUGAGGAACCCGAGGGGCAGAAGUCCGAACAGCCAUAUUCACGCGUUGCUGACCGCGAAGAACACGAGGAGUCUCCCGGUGGGACCAAAGUGGAUACUACCUUACCCCAUGUCAGGGGUGAGUGA